CGAUUUCGAACGUUUAUUAUCGAUAUCUCGACGUUGAGAACCGUAACUGUUGAUCUUUUUGCUGGGCCCGAAAAAAGAGCACACGAGGCAAGCGCCGAGAACCGUUCGAUAUAUACCCGCUCAAAUUUUCCGGCGGUUUUUUGUAAUGUAAAAGUGACAGUCAGGUUGUUGCAGUAGCUUCGCAUAAACUUAGAAUAUGAUCGAGUUCCCGUUAGGAUAUCGCGAGGUAGUGCCGGAUCAAACUCUGCCAGAAAAAUGGAAAGAGAUCAUUCUGAAUACAGGCGGAAGCCAAAGUACAUUGCAGGACAUAAAAGUACCAGAAAGAGCAGGUGGCUACUCGUACAAAGACUCUUCCAAAUAUUUUACUCGUAAUCGUUUUAUUUAUUGGCGUAUCUGCCACGAUGUACUUGAACUGGUUGAACACAGUCUGGACAUUAAUCUCGCGAAUUGCCGAGUGAGAUACAAGUUUACGGACACGCCGAUCUUGGACGGAAUUUCCAUUCACGAAACAGUCAACUCUGUUGUCAUUUUAAUUGUCACUGUUUCAAGUGUCCACAAACUUUCCUUUUCUCAUCCUGAUAAAAUUCACAAACAGGAAAAUUUAUUGGGAACAUAUACAGAUCUUAGUAUACAGUCCAUAUUUAGCGAGGCUUCCGCACAAAGUGCCAGAGACCCUCAUACAUUUCACAUUAUCUCCAAUGCUGGAACCACAAAUUCACCGGUACCUCAUGCGGCAGCAUCAUGGCUCACAUUGCCGCAAGAAGAGGCGUUAUUCGCUCUUGCCUAUAAUUCAGCUACUAUAUUACUCCUGAGACUCGAUACCCUUACAGGUUACGUGCACACUAGCGAACUGAAACAAGACUCGAUAAUGCCCAAGUUUCUGAGCGGUAUUGCUACCGCUUUUAGAGGACGCAAUACCGAGACUCACGUGGCCAUGUCUCUCGCUAUACACAAUUACGGUAGCGACACGUAUCUAUUCGCGUUAUGUCGGGAGGGCAAUUUACGCAUAUGGUCUUGUAAUAAAUCGCAGUGCGUGGCUGUGGCGGACACGGCGAUCGAGAAUCGCGUCGCAUUUUUAAGCGCGCAAGGACACAUUCUGAGGAAAGCGAUCGGCGACAAUAACGAAUUGUAUCUCGGCACGUUCUUGAAAUUCGGCGUCGGGUGCGAAUUCAGCAUUCUGAAGCCUGUACAAGAGAACGGCAUAUUCAAGUUCGUUAGAUUGUGUACAUUGUACGCGCCAGACCAACACUUAGUAGAUUUCGCGUUCACACCUACCAGACUAUGGGCGGUAUGGAGAACCGCCGACAUGGACACUGUUGCGGUGACGCACGCACAAUUGCCGUUGGCCGGCGCGCAACGCGUCAAUUCCGAAUGGGAAACCACGAUUCUGGAACAGGCGCGUGAUCGGGAUUACAUUGUCAUAGAUCCCGGAAUGGAUCCGAGACAAGCGUAUAUCAAUUACAUUUUUCAUCCCGGACAAUUCUCACUGGCGGACAUCACAAAAGCGCUCAGCAUCUACAGAAGAUCGAACGUGUUGGCAGAAAUGACCUUUUCGCCCGCUGUUCUGAAGGAGAGAGUUUGCAUGGCAGUAGAGGCCGAGAUGCAGGCGGAAGUGAUGGAUUACGUGAUCAUGGACGAGGAUUAUCUCGAGAUCGCUAAUCGAUGCUGGUCGAAAUUUUACUCCUGCGUCGUCCAAUAUCACGCCAACGGCACUCGUCCCGUAGGUUUGCUGCUAUUGCCGAACGUUUACGGUGUCGUUCUACUGAAGAAGUCAUCGUUCUCGUUUCUAAGACCUAUGGAAGCUCUGGAACAUCUAGUGCUUUGCAACGAUAAGUCAUACGUCUCCCGUUUCAAGACCACUCCCGUUUUAUCGCAAGACGAAGACAUCUGUCAGGAUCUUAUCACUCUAAUGUCGGCGUUGAUUAUGGUGGGGGAACAGUUGUCUGAAGAAACUAAAACUGAAAUCGAAAGAGAACUGUAUCAUCUGAAGAGUCCGGACAUCAUAAUCGACGAACUGCUGUCCAAGCUGAUGUUGGAACCUGAUGACCCAAUGUCGGAUUACGACUUCCAGUCUGAUCUCUAUCACAAACUGAGCAACGUUAAAGACAUAUCGGGCGCCAUGGCCAUGCUGUUGGAGGUUUUGACGUACAAUCUCGGAGAGUCGAAUAAGUCGCAGUUCGAAGACGAUCACGACGCGUCGAAAGCUUUAUUAAAUGUCAGUCAUUUAUUUGGCAGCCAGCUGGGUAUUUCCACGGUGGCAGAAACCGUGACACAAAUAGCGGUCUUGAGAUUUGCUAUUUGCAGAGAUUUGUUGAUCCUACAACAGAUCAUACUGCUGCGUCCUGAGCUAUUUGACUCGAGAUCUUUGCACACUAUAAAAUCGUCGUUGGCACCCAGAACCGUCGUGCUUACUCAAGCUUACUACGUUGUCACUUGGAUAUGCGAGUCCAUGGCGGCGCAUACUCCUUCGCAGUCAUUACUCGAAUCCAGCUCUCAGCGUCUCUCGUCGACCCUGAAACUCACCGAUUCACGAGUUAGUGUCGGACAGAGACAGCAUCGAUCUAUGUCGCUCUUGGAACUGUUUAUUCACAGCAGCGGCUCGAAAAAUACUCAUCUUCUGAUGGCUCAAACAAACAUGGAUCCGACGGCUUUAAUACCUUGGCACUACAGCAUGCUGACGCAUGUGACUCUUAUCGCACAACUCAUAUGGCCAAUAUCGGGAAGUUUUAUCUUUCCCGAGUGGUUGCUCUCCAGUUGUCAGUUCUUACUCGUGCAAGAAUACGUGAGACUUCUGAAUACGUGGUGCGAGUGGAACAGUUCGUCAAGAAAAUUUAUACUGGCGGUCGCGCUGCUGGAAAUGGGAGAGAUAGAAAAGGCGUGCGAUCAUUUCCUUCGCGCUUCCAACGGGAUUCUAACCGACGUGUUUUUGGCAAACGCCUUGCUCAGUUCCAACGUUACGUCGGGAAACAACGCUCUGAUUCAUUAUUAUCUGAAAGUCAUUAAAUUGUUCGAGGAGCACAACGCGUCCGACUGCAUUAUCGAGAUCGCCGAAACGGCGAUAGCGACCGCGGACGCUGACGAUCCGAAUUUGCCGACGCUCCAUUCCAUAAUAUUCGCGCAACACUUGAAUCUGGGUCACCACAUGGAGGCUUAUCACUGCUUGAACGCGAAUCCGGACGCCGCGCGUAGAGUGGACUGUUUACGGCAGUUGGUCGUCACGCUGUUCGAGAAGAAAAUGCUGAUAGAUUUGAUUUCCUUCCCUUACGUCGAUAUGUACGAGGAUCUCGAGAGAAUAGUAGAAGGCAGAGCCAGAAGCGUUGAUCUUAUGGAAAACAAUUAUUACAACUUCUUGUACAGUUUCCAUGUCAACAAGCAGAACAUGCGGAAAGCCGCGUCCGUAAUGUACGAACAAGCAAUGCGUUUGAGUCAAGAGCCUCAUUCCGCGCCUAUUAUAGCUAAGCAAGCUCAGUGUUUGCUGGCGUGUAUCAACGCCUUGUACCAUGUGAGCGAGAAGUAUAGGUGGAUCGUGAGGCCUGUAAUCGAUCAAAGCGUGUCCGACGAGCCAAAUUCGCCGAAUCCGUCAAAAAAGAGAAGUGUAGACGGGAAAGAAGUGUUGCAUUAUAAAAUCAAGAAACAGGUCGAGGUUCUCGAGUUGGAUGAUAUCAAGAAGGAGUAUUACAUAGUGGACGCGCGGUUGAAAAUAUCGAAGGCAAACUCGGACAUACAUAUAAUCGCACACAGUGAACCGUCGGAGCUCGUUGUCACUUUGUGCAGCAUCGGCAUGUAUACAACGGCGCUACAUUUGUGCGACAAGUUUAAAAUCAGUAAAGCUUCCGUACUCGAAAGUCUGACUUCUCAAUGCAUAAAACUGAGUCAACGCGAGGAUCCAAACGCGUGGGAUUGGUUGUUGCAAAAUGAUAUUUUUGAUAUUGGCAUAUCUAACACCACCGUCACGAAUACUGCUUGGAGACUGUUGGAAUAUUUCACGUUGAACCACGAGAAAGAUAAUAAUAGUGAAUUACACAAAGCUGUCGCUAGAAAGUUACUGCAAGAUGGAGCCUUUCUGCCGCAAUGGUUAUUAAUGUCUUACAAAAAACGAAACGCCUCGGAGCUUCUUCGUCUUAUGUUAAAUACCGGUCGACUGUUGGAAGCCAGCGACUUGGCAGUGGACUAUAUUAAAGCGGUGUUAGGCAGCGGAAAAGAAUAUUUUGGUCUUGAAACAAUAUUGGUGGCUACCACCAACGCACCGCCAACUUGGUUGCCGCUUAACACCAUCGAAGUAUUGCUAAGCGAACUCGAGCAUUUAAAAACAGAUUCCACUCACAAAGAGAACUACGAGAGGUUGCAAGCAACAUUGGAGAAAUAUCUAGAAACAGUAAAACGUGUUUCGGAAGACAUCGUUGAAAUGAAAAUGAAGGGUGAACAUUCCUAGUAAAUCAAGCAAACUCUGUGUAUCCACUGUUCGCGUCUCGUCUCUCAACUGGUCUUCUAUGAUGUACAUAUUCCUAUCAAUUUACCUGUAC